AUGGAGUUGUUUGAUGAAAUUUUAAUCCCUUCAAUUUAUCGAAUUUACGGCUUCAAUGGUACAAAGACUAUACCAAAGGGAGAAGUCACUCUCAGAGUCUCGUAUGAAGAGGGAUACUUGGACACGCUUACCACAUUCUGUGUGGUAGAUGUCAUAUCGCCUUAUGAGGCAAUCCUCGACAGACCUUGGAUUGCAGGCAUCAAAGGGGUGGCAUCGGCAUAUCAUCAAAGGUUGAGAUUCCCAUCUUAUCUAGGGGUGGUGGAAGUGUUAGGCAACCCCCAAGCCACGAGGCAGUGCAUGCAGUUAGAUAUCCAGCAAAAUGAAGAAAGACGAUCAAGACAGCACCGAGAAAAGAACAAAUCCAAGGAUAUAAAAGCAGGGGAAGAACUGGAAAAGGUUCUCUCACAAGCCAUCGCAGCUUACGAAACAGGCGAGAAAGAGAUCUUAUAG